AUGCUAGCUUGUGGUAACUAUCAUGGUGUUGUUGGUUUUGCAAAAGCAAAGGGCCCGGCGGUUCCUAUUGCCCUCCAGAAGGCUUAUGAGAAAUGCUUUCAGAAUCUCCAUUACGUAGAACGGCAUGAGGAGCAUACAAUUGCACACGCAGUACAAACAACAUAUAAGAAGACCAAGGUGUAUCUUUGGCCUGCCCCCACUCGAACGGGUAUGAAAGCGGGCAGAACUGUCCAAACUGUUCUAAAUUUAGCUGGUUUCAAGAAUGUAAAGUCAAAGGUUGUUGGCUCCAGGAAUCCUCAUAACACAGUUAAGGCUCUUUUUAAGGCUCUAAAUGCGAUUGAAACUCCCAAAGAUGUUCAAGAGAAGUUUGGACGGACUGUUGUUGAGUCGUACCUGCUGUGA